AUGGACCUUGGGAACCGCGCGUGCCCCAUGUGCACGGCCACAUUUGAGCUGGACACCCGCCCCGUGGUGUUCUGCCCUUGCCGGCGCACGGUUCUGCACAGCGCCUGUGCGGCCUCCGCUCAGGGCCCGCUGCGGCCGGGCCUGCAGUGCAGCUUCUGCAUGCAAGAGGUGGAAACACCCACACGACACUCGGCUGGGGAGCACAUCUCCUGGGCCAUCUUCGUCAUGGACAGCGUCAUGGCGCCUCUGCGCCAGGCCGUGGUUUUGGAGAACCCGAGGGACCACGAGGUGCCCUUCUGGAGUCAGGCAAUCAGCGGGACGCCCUACUCAGAUGCGCUGGACCCCAACGAAGUGCUGCCCCCCGUGAGCGAACAGCAACGCCAAGGCACGCGGCCCAGGCGGGGGCCCAUUGCGCUGCAGCGAGACCUCCAGGAGGACUCCGCCACUUCCAGAGUGCUUAGCGACCUGAAUGAUUCCCAGCGGCAGGCCUGCACGCAGGCCCUGUCGCUGGAACAGGGGGUGGUCCUGGUGCAAGGGCCACCAGGGACAGGCAAGACGAAGACCAUUGCUUCCCUGGUGGUGGCAUGUGCGGCAAAUAGUGCGCGCGUGUUGACCUGUGGUCCCACCAACGUGGCGGCAAUGGAGAUAGCGAAGAGGACAUGGGACAUGGUGGAGCAGCGCCGGGCGGGCUGCACCCUGCGCAUGGCGCAGAUCUGCAUCGUGGCCAGCGAGGACCGCGUGGGGGUCGGAAUGGACCACCCGUUGAGCGUCCUCAUGCUGGACCAUCGAAAGAAGCGGGUGAAGCGAGUUGCAAAGGCGGGUUUGCGGGAGCUCGUCUUCGCUCUCCGCGAUGUCUUGGAGAACCCCCGUCAGGUCUUCAAGGUCUGGCGCAGGUUGGUGCUCGAGGGCACGGAGGUCACCCUGUGGCAGCCCCAUGCAGCACGCAUUUGCCAGACCAAGAAGACACAGAAAGACCUGGAGAGGGCAGAGGACGUGAAGCAGCCUCCUAAAGAAGACGUGCCGGCUGACACGGAUGAGGCCUGCCGGAACUUCCUGGUAGAGUUCUUCGAGGCCGUGGAAGAGAUAUUGAAAGUGCACCAGGAGCAUCUGACCACGUCGCUUCCUCAGCUACCUCUCCCGACCGACGAAGGUGCUGAUGCGCACGGCCAAAACUACAACCCCCGCAGAAAGCCAGAUCUCCUGGAGAACCUCAAGGGCUUGCAGCAAAGGCUGCACGAGGUGCUUUGGUUGGUGAAGGCCAUCCGCACGCUGCUGCAGCGCGGCACAGUGCUGCAGGCAGACGAGGAGUCACCCUGGCAGAACUUUACCCCAGCAGCCUCGCUGCAGGCCGUCCUGGUGCACUGGAUGGAAGCCUGCCACGAGGUGGCCAAGGUGAGUUCGGAGGAGCUGCGAGAGUUGGUCCUGGCGGGCGCGCAGGCCAUCUUUGCGACCACCACGGUGGCAGGACGGAACAAAGUUUGGACACAGAAGAUUGAGACGGUUAUUGUUGAUGAGUCCUGCCAGUGCAAAGAGUUGGAGACGAUGGUGGUGAUGCGCCGGCAUGUGCAGCGCCUGAUCCUGGUGGGCGACCCCGAGCAGCUGCCGUCCACGGUCAUGUCCAAGAAGGCGAAAGAGAUGGGAUUUGACCGAUCUCUCUUCGAGCGGUUGGUGGACCUUGGCAACGAGAAGCACACGCUGGCCAGACAGUAUCGGAUGCUUCCGCAGAUUGCCGAGUUCCCGAACAACACGUUCUACAACGGGCAGGUGGUGAACGAUGAGAUUGUUAUGCAGCUGGAGCGCCAAAUGCAGGACAUUAUCCACGCGCCUGACCGAGACUGGAACUUUGACACUGCCAUCCGACUUUUCGACACAGGGCCAGGCCCCUUUGAAGAGCGGGACUUCACCAACAUGAGCACCUCCAACCCCUAUGAAGCGGAGAUGGUAGUGAAGCUGCUGACCCAGUUCUUCCGUGCCAACGAGUCGGACCGGCGCCUGUCGGUGGGUAUCAUUGCGCCGUACAACGGGCAGGUACGCCUCAUCAAGGACAGGAUCAACGGUGAAAAGAGCACUGUCUCGAGCAGGAAGUUGGAGAAAAAGGUGAAGCUCGUAAAGACCGUCGAUGGCUUCCAAGGGAACGAGCAGGAUAUCAUCGUGAUCAGUACCGUACGCUCGAACUUGAAGGGCCAGCUGGGCUUUGUGUCGGACCAUCGCCGCCUCAACGUGGCGAUCACCCGCGCUCGCUUCCGGCUUUGGGUCAUCGGAGAUUUGCAGACCUUGGCAAAUGACGAGAUGUGGGCAAACUUCAUCAAGUUCUGCCAGAUGCGUCGCUGCACGCAACUGGUGCCAGAUGAGCGCUCACAACUGGAACGGAACUUGGACCGCGUGGUGGCGCAGGCCAAUGGUGGCCCUCCUGCCCCGCGCCAGGAACCACCUGGCAGGGCAGCUGCGCAGCAGAGGCAGGCGGCCAAUGCGGCGCAACGUCUAACGAGGCGCAUCGCCACUGAGGUCCCCAUGCGGGGUGACGAGAUGGGCGCCAUUUGGAGCUCAUUCUUUCUUCAGCAGCUGGUGAGCACCAUCUCUGCGAUCCAACAGGAGGCGCAUCGCUUGGCUGUGGUCAAGAAGAUCUCUCAGAUCUUGAAGGGCGAAGAGAAGGCCUGGCGCUUGGAGCACGUGCGCGACGGCAAAGGACAUCAGCUCUGGCAGAUGGCCGUGGAAGAGACGCCCGUGGGUGGCGGCUACCUGAUUUGGUGGCUGGAGCUGAAUGCAGAAGGCAUGCAGGUCGUGGUCCUGGCAGACCUGGUCUCCGGGAACCAACUCGCGCAGGCGCGGGCGCGGGCGGCCUCGUACCUCCGCACCUUCUCCGACGAGUACCUGGAGAAGUGCAUCUCGCGGAAGGUGGAAGACAAGAUAGUGAUGCCAGGUGUGUUCUCAGAGGAGUUUCCCAAGCAUCGGCAGCACGCAGGGGAGCAGGUGCGGGAGCCAGACGCAGAAGCGCAGGACAGCCUGCCUGUGUCAUUGGAAAAGCGCUAUGUGAUGAAGAAGACAGAGUUGGACUUCCUGGUGAAGCACACCUUGAAAAGUGUGCAGCUGCCAUAUCAUCUAGACGCAGACGAGCAGAUUGCCUUUCGGAAGGCCCUGCAUGAGGUGGUGUUCCUGCUUGGGCGCUCUGGCUCCGGCAAGACCAGCGUGCUGGUGCACUCGCUCUUCCGUGCCAGCUGCCAAGAAAGGCAGCGCCGUCAGGAAGGCUCAGAGGAGGCGCUGCUCUUACUGUUGGUGACCCGUUCCCCGGUUCUCGCGGACUCCAUCCGGAAGCUCUUUGCGCAGAUGCAAGCGGGGCCCGCCGGAGGCUUCGGCGGAACCGCGCUGGAAGAAACCGCAGGCAUCGAGCUGGGCGUGGUGCGGGAGGAGGAGCGCCGGCAGUUCCGGCCUCCGCCCAGCAGCCUGGAGCCCGAGGUCUUCUCCGUGGAGGAGUCCCCGGUCAUCACCAGCUGGGACUCACUUCUGCUGAUGCUGGACAAAUCUGUGAAAGGCGAGCCCUUCUUCCGGCCCCCGCGGAGCCGCGUGGCGCGGGCAGCGGCGAGACGGCACCGGAACGGCGCGCUGGGGGUGGAAGAGCGCUUUGAGAACUUGUCCCCCGAAGAGGGGCUCUUCGACAUGGAGGAUGAUCACCUGCCCUACGAGGAGUUCGAGGUGACCUGUGGGCCCAAGCUGCUUGGAGCCGGGCCCUUGGACAAGAAGGAGGGCGAUAGCCUCUUCAGUGCCUACCGGGAGUUCCUGACGGUGAUCGCAGGUUCUCCCCGUGCCGCCCGCGCGAGCUUGGGGUGCCUGAGCAAGGAGGAGUACGUCAAAGGCAAAGGGCCGGAUGGCAAGUCCUUGCCCGAGGUCAAGGAGUCUGCAUUCCGGAACUCAGAGAUUAGCCGGGAACGUGUGUACCGCGCCUUCGAGAUCUACAAGAAGUUCAAGCAGGACAACCACCGCUACGACUGCACAGAUGUCGCACGACACAUCCUGACUCGAGCGGAGAAGUAUGGGCUGAAAGAAACUCGAUCGUUUGCGGGCGUGUUCAUCGACGAAGUUCAGGACCUACUUCCUGUGGAACUGCUUCUCUUGAAUCUAGUCAGCAGCCGGCCGGAAGGCUUCGUCUUCGCCGGGGACACCGCACAGACCAUCUCCAAAGGCGUGGAGUUCCGCUUUGAGUCCAUCCGGCGGCUCUACUUCGAAGAGUUUCUAGGGGAGAAGCUGCCAGAGGUGCAGCAGGUGCAGAUCAAGCUGGAGCAGUGCAGCCUUUGCAACAAAGAGAUGCGGAUGGGCGGUCGUCGAUAUGUCUGCGGCGGCAAGUACCACUCUUGGCUGGUGUGCGGCGACAAAUGCCACGAUACCCUGACGGACAUGACCAAGAAGCUAUGGAAAGGCUGCACCAAGGGCCUGAAGUGCAAGCUGGAGCAUGCCAACGCCAACAGCAAGCUCCCCUGUCCCAUGCCCCAGGGCGGCGGCCACUGUGGUUUAGCCAUGACGUGGGAGCGCGUCGCCGCGGCCGCAGAGGUUGCCCGCAUUGAGUUCAAUGGUGACUGGGCAGACGUGGUGGCGGAGUGGGCGCAGACGCCCGACGAUUACAUCAUCUACAACCAGAAAGGGGACACGAUCCCAUUGCUGGAGCCUGGCAACACGUACCAACCUGCUCCGGAUGAAUUCCCGCUGUGUAUUCACAAGGCGCAGCAGCCAGAAAUCGGGCGCAGCAGCAGCAGCAGAGCGGCUGGCCAAACUCUCGCGCGCAACGCUUGGACGGAGGUGCCAGAUAUCACCUUCCUGCGGCAGAACCACAGGAGCACACAUAGCAUUCUAGAACUGGCGGCCGCGAUUUUGGAUAUCAUUAUGGGCCUUUUCCCCGAGAAGAUCGAUAAGCUCCCACGCGAGACCUCAAAGGUGAAGUCCAGCACACCGCCGGUCAUCUUGAAUCGCAUGUCUUGGGAGGAGGCCCAGAAAACCAUCUUCGCCAGCAGCAGUUCCACGAAUGCCGUGCUGGAGUUCGGUGCCAAGCAGGUGGUGUUGGUUUGGAGCGAGGAGAAAAAGAGGGAGAUGAAGCAGAAGUUGCAGCAGUCGCUGGUCAUGACCAUCAACGAGUGCAAAGGCCUGGAGUUCUUCGACGUGCUCCUGGUGGACCCCUUCAGCGAUAUGGGGCAAGCCACCAACAGCUCCCAGGCCACUCAGCUCUGGAACCUGGUCUACGGGUUUAUGGACAAGCAGGGCUUGCAGGUUGCGGCUGGCGACCUCAAACGGGCGGUGGAGUUCAGUGCAGACCGGCAUGGGCUGCUGUGCUCGUGGCUCAAGACGCUCUACGUGGGAGUGACUCGAGCACGGAAACGCGUUUGGAUGCUCGAAAGUAGCGAAUCUGGACAAGCAGUGGUCAGCUAUUUGAAAGAGCUGGGUGUUGCCAAGGUGUGCAACACAGGUGACGAUGCCUCAGGCUUGGCCGCCGGCUUCGCGGACACCUCCACGGGCCAGGAAUGGUUUGAGCAGGGCCUGCGCCUAUUUCGGGUCGGGAACUUCAGUGAGGCCCACUUGUGUUUCAGCAACGCCGAGUUGUCCAACAUCGUGCAGGGCACUCCAUGGAAGCUGCUCGCCGGAGCCCAGGAUUGCAGGCGCCUGCCCAAACAAGACUUCCUGGAGGCGGGCGCCAAGUACGUCAAACUGGCAGAGUGGUUGGAAGUGGCGUUGGGCGACUCCCGCAAGCGGGAGGUUCAGGACUUGGCGCUGGAGGAGCCAGAGCUGGCGCCCACCAAGGCGCGCCAGAAGGCGGCCGAGAGCUUCUUGGAGGGCAACGACUUGGUGCAGGCGGGCCGCGAGUUCGAAGCUUCCGGCUGCUUCCGGGACGCCGCGGAGUGCGCGGAGGAGCUCAAAAAGUUUGACCGUGCGGGGCAGAUGUACAGCAAGGCUGGCGAGGAGCUUUUGGCACUCAAGGCCUUCCAGCGGGGAGAGUUCUGGGAGGACUUCGCAAAGCUGGCCGCGAAGAUGGCAGGGCCGGAUGCCAAGCUGCCAGCGAGCGCGGUGGAUGUGGUCAUCAUGGCUUGCCGGGAGUUGGCCAAGAGCUUGCAGCGCAAGGACUUGAAGGACAAGCCGAAGCACAUGCGGGAUGCGCUGAAAACUUGCAUUGGAACUCUGCCGGAGGAAGAGCAGGAUGUCUUCUUGCAGGACCUCAACUGGCAAGAGCUGCGGCUGGAGGUCCUUGAAGCACGGAAGCGCUUUGACGACUGUGCCGCGAUCGCGCUGGAGAUCCGACAGUGGGCCAAGGCUCGUCAGUACUACCGCUCGGCCAAGAACCUCCACGAGGUGAAUUGGUUGGAACUCCUGGAGCGGCUGUGCAAUUUGCUGGGCGGAGGCCUGCUCCCCAACUUGGUGAAGCUCGACACCAUGGUCAGCGACAGCCGCGGGUGUCGGCUGUUCGCGGAGGAGGACAUGAAGACCAUGGGCAAAGUCCAAGACAGCAAGGCUUCCAGCAAGAAGGAAGCCUCGCGGCAGAAGCACAUCAUCCAAACGCUGCGGCACCUGCAAGAGGCCUUCCUGGCCCCACCCAAGACCCGGGAACGAUCUCGGGGUCUCCGCGAAGCCUGGGCUAGCUGCAAGGAGCUGAAGGCACUUGCCCCUGGCUACGCUUUGCGCCUCAGCUCCUUCGUGCUGGUGGCAACACAGAAAGACUUUAAAGGCGGCAAAGAUGCCAAGAUCUUUGAGCAGCUGACAGAAGGCUUCUCAAAGUGUCUGAAGGAGCUGCAGGAGAUGAGGAAAGACUGGCAGAACAAGAAGCAACGAAGCAGUGAAAGGAGGAGUCUCCAGGACACAGGCAUGAGUGAAUGGCUCCUCGCAGAGCGGCCGGAAGCAGUACGUCCCAAGUUUCUUGUGCUCACGGAUUGCCAGCCCCAGAGCGAGAGCCGCCAGAUGAACAUCUCUGAGAUGGCCCGCGUGGCGAGCCAGUGGUCAUACGUCCUGGAGGCGAGCCUUUGUUGUGCCUGGCUCGAGCUUUGCAAGGACUUUGCCACCAGCAGGCUGCCUUGUUGGUCCAAGCUGGCAGAAACCUCCUGCAGGCACUCGGAUGAUGAGUGCCCGUACUUGCACUCGGAGCAAGAUUCAGCGUCCACCACCCUGGCGGCAUCACAGCUCCACAGCGCAGCAACCCAGACCAGCGAGGUUCUGCGGCGGAAGGAGUUGGCUGAUGCCCGGGUGAUGCUGGGGAACAUGUUCAUGGAUGCGCUUGGGGGUUCGGAGCGGUGGAAGAAGCUGCAGGAGCUGCCACAGCAGUCUCUUAACUUCCUGGUGGCGCGCUUGAAGUCCCUGGUGCCUGACAGCCCGGCGCGGUCUUUGGACGCAGAUCUUGAGGAGGAGGAAGUCAUCCACUUGGCGCAUGAGGCAGCAAGGACGCAGCUGCAGCAGCUCAAAGAGAAGCACCGCCCGCCGGACUUGCAAGAGGCUUUGUCCGUGCUGGCGUUGCUUCCCUUCAUGCGGCCUUACCAGAGGGAGCGCCGGCGAAUGGAUCUCCUGGAGUAUGCCUUUCUCAACAAAGCCCGCGAGGACUCCAAAGAUAUGAAUCCUGUGACAAUGCUCGUCCAGAGCACGCACUCGGCAAGCCAACAGAAGGAGGGCCGAGUCCACCAGUUCUUCACCGCGAACUGGUCCAUCAUGGCCAAGUUGUGGAACUACUGGGGGAAGGAGAAGGACCGGAAAGAGCGGUUCUUCCCCUUGAAGCCGAGCUCUGUCUUCUACGUGCUUGAGCGUGUUGUGGUUUGGGCCUCCGUGCUGCUGACGCAGUUCGACCAUCUCAUGCUGCCGCAGAGCUUUGUGCAAGCUCACCUCAGCGGCGCCCAGAGCCUGGCCCGCGAAGCCGCGGAGUUCCCCUGGGAGGAUACCGCAGUGUGGAAGGCCGAGGCCAAGCAAGCGCUCAAGAAUGUGGUGGACUUCAUCGCGGGCGCCAGUGGGAUCCUUUACUGGGACUUCUCGCUGUACCAGUGGCUGGAAAAGCGGGAGGCGUCCGUGGGGGAGGCGGUGCUGCGGAUGUUCACUCUGGUGGCCGCUUGCGCGGCCAAUGACAAGGAGGUGCGCUCGCACGUCAUCAAUGUUUGGAACAACUGCUUGUCCCACGAGACUUGGAACCUUUGUGGCAAGGCUGAUGGCUUGCCCGCUUCGCUGGUGCGGCUGAUGCUGUUUUUGCCCAUGGACAGCCAGACGACAGGCCGAGAGAUCCUCACGCCUUGGGCGAACUCCCUGUUGUCAAGGCUGGGGGAUCCCCUCCUGCGGCUCUACCGGGCGGACUGGGGCAGCAAGGCGCCCAUGGUCAGCCAGGACGGGCGGAUCAAGGCGCCGAAGCUGCAGAAGUCCAAGGAGGAGGCAGUUUGGCGCCACAAUGGGCUACGCCCAGAAGUCAAGAAAGUGUGCGCGGACUACUACCACAGCGUUUGGCGCAACAAAAUGAGAGCUAUCCGCCUGGACACUGAUGAGGAGAAGCACAGGUGGGACGCGGCCGCGCUACUCCGGGCCAGAACAACAAAGCCAACUCAGGCCAAGCCAAAGGAGGCAGAGGCCGCAAGGGAGGCCGAGGCCGCAACAGAGGCCGAGGCCGCAAAGGAAGCAGAGCAGAAGGAACAAGGUGCGGAGGAGGUGCCAGAGGAGGUGGAGGAGGAAGUUGAGCAGACAGGCCAGCCUCAAAAUGUGCCGGAGAACGUCCAGAUGGGGCCAAGCUCAAAUCUGGAGAAAGCCCAGCUGGACAGCGAUUCUUCGGAGAAGAUCCUGGAGAAGAAGACGCGGGACCGGGUGCUGCAACACGUGUGGGCGUCCUGGGCAGAGCUGGUCAGCGAUGCCAAAGCGGAGGCGGAGACGGCAGAGGUGCGCGAGCAACAGGAGGCAGAGCAGUUUAUGCGUGAGACCAUGCCACUUGAUGGUACCGACGCGAAGGCCGCGGUUGCCAAGAAGCGCAUUUUGUAUCGCGCUCUGGUGCUGCCGAUUCGACGGCGCCACGCGGAGGAGCAGCAGCGCAUGCAAGAUCUCGUGAAGUGUCUGGACAGCGAGGUGGCGUUGAAGCAUGGCCUGCCGCCCAGAGGCAAAAGCGAGAAGGAGCAUGCCAAGGAGUUGGCGAGCAAGGCUCGAACCCAAAUCGGCAAGCUCCAGAAGCUUGCACAGGACUUCCUCCGCCAGGUCACAAAGGUUGAGUUCCCAUCGGCGAACGCUGAAUCCCAAAGCAUCAUGUAUUGGGUCGGCCGGGAGAAGCUCUUUGGGAUCUACUUGCGCAGGUUAAGGCCAAAGACGGCGCCCAAAGACCCGGAGCCUGAAUUGCCUGAGCUUCUGCGCUGCUUGGGCUUGGAGCACUUCUUGUGCCCUGCCUGGAUCUUCCAACAGCUGCAACGGCGCGCGGGCCGGACUUGUCCCAGCCAAGGCGCGGCGCCCCGGCCCUGCGGUGCGCGGCGGCUUUGGGACCCCCGCGCCAGCUGGCGCCAGGUGGGCUCUUCAAGCGCAGGGCCCGGGCCACUUGCCCAGUUGGAGGUGGCCGCUGAGGAGUCAGUGGAGGUGGAUGAAACCAUGGAAUCGAAGGAAGAAGCUGAUGAGAUGCCAGCAGAAGCCGAGAAUGCGGCGGAGAAAGCAACCGAAGAAGUAAGCGACGCCGCAGUGGAGCAAGCAGCGGUAGAAGCCCUUCCGCCAGAGCAGACACAGGCUGAGUGUGAGCCGGCAGACGGAUUUUGGGAAGAGGCUUCGCCAGAGCAGACGACAGCAAAGGAGGAGGAGAAGGCAGAUCAAGUAGAGGAAAGGUUGGUGGUGGAGACCGAGACCUGUGAGAAAGAUGCUGACCCCGCAGCGUAUUCCAUCAUUCCCACUCCCAGCACGCACGCGCCAGAGGUUACCGAGAAGGAUAGCCAGGCCUCCCCACCUGCCACUCCCAGCGCAGAGAUUUCCGCCGUCUCCGAGGAGAAGCGGGCACAAAAGGCCCAAAAGCACAGCAGGAAGCGGCAGCAGCGGCAAGAGAACAAGGAGGAGGAAGGUGAGGUGUUUGGAGAGAAGUGGUGCAAAGUGGAGAAGAAACAUCGAACAGAAGCCCGCAAAUACUGCGAACAGAUGAUCAAGGCCCUUGACACCAUCCAAAAGAAAUCGCUGGAUGAUACCCUUUAUGACUUGCUGUCCGCUGCCGUGGAGAACUGGCAUAUGCACUGUCAAGAGCGCCUGGAUCACGACAGGGAACAGUGGAACAAGAAAAGCCGAAAGAUCUAUGACGACUUCCUUGAGAGGGAUGUGGAUUGGCUGACAAAAUAUUCCAGCUACAACGUCGACAUCAUGGAGCGCCUGCGCGCUCCAGGGGAGAGGAAUGGCACAUACGCUGCCCACCUGGGCUGCGAGAUCAUAUCUAGCCAGCACGAGCAGCUCGGCGAGAUCCUCUAUGGUAACGAGGAUGAGGGCGACGAAGACGCGGACUCGGAGGAGGACCACGUGCCCAAGUUGAGUUGUUACAUGGACGGCGUGGCCAUCCUCAAGGAGAUGCGGAAGACCUUGGACCUCGAGGCCAUUGCGGCCAACGCCUGGGAUCCCAAGCUGGAGGCACAAAAGUUGGAAAAGGAGAAGGAAAAGGAGAAGGAGCAGGAGUUGAAGGCAAGCGCAGCGUCCAGUUCCAGGACACCAGAAGACACGAGUGAAGGCCCGGAAGAGUUGGCCAAGGCGCUGCGAGAGAAGGUGCGAAAUGUGCAGGAGACCAUCGAGAAGGAGGGGUUUCAGGUCAGCUAUGCCGAGUACUGUGCCAACAAGUUAUCCGACAUCAUGCCCUUCCAACAACACCUUGGAUUCCUCCCGCACAAGUACAACUACAAGGUCACGACCAGGAAAGGUGAAGAGCUCCGAUGGAGCACAACUUGGGAGAGCGGCAAGCUUGCUUCCGUCCCGGAUCUGGGCGACUUCCCAUUGACGCUGAAGCUGGAGGCACUCGAUCCAGAUUCGGGAGAAGCCAAGGACGCGACCCCCAAGGCGGCUGCUCAGGCACAGGCGGAGGCGGCCCCAGAUUCCCCAGAGACCGACAAGACCGGCGAGCAAGAGGCAGGCGAAGCCAUGGCGGCCUGUGACCAGUGCCAGGAGAUGGUUCCCAAAAAGAUGAUCAAGAAGCACAGGAAGAAGGACUGCAGCAUGAGGAUCGUCACCUGUGAGCUUUGCAGCGACCGCAUGAAUGCUAAGCUGCUGGAGCCACACAUGGAGAAGGACUGCGAGGGCCGCGAAGUUCAAUGCAAGACCUGCGGGGAGAAAUUCGCCAAGAGGAAGCUGCUGGCGCACCAACAGGAAUGCCCGCAGAGAGAAGUCCUUUGCCCCCGUGCGACGCACGGCUGCUGCUGGACGGGCCCGGCCGUCGACCUGCAGACUCAUCUGCAGCAGUGCCAGCGGAGCCAGAUGUGGCCCACAUUAAGGGAGAGGGAGGCGCCACGCCAGGAAGCUUCGGCGCCAUCCAGACCUCAGGCUCCUGCGCCUGCAGCGCCAGCAGCGCAGGCUCCGGCGCCUGCAGCACCAGCAGCGCAGGCUCCCGUCGGUGCUCCGACUGGUGCUCCACUCGCCAAGCCGGCAAAGGCCAGCAGUGCCAGCGCCAGCAGCACCAGCGCCAGCAGCGCCAGGCCGCAGGUGCCUUGGACGUCGCAACAGGUGGCGGAAGCCCGGGAAUUCGCUGCGCGCUUUGGGCUGGAAAUCCAGCAGGUGCGCUCCAAGCUGGACAGCUUGACCCCGCCACAGCGAGAGCUGAUCAUGGGGCGCUUCUUGCUGCCGGAGGGGCAAAAACCCUAUGGGAAGUUGGUGAAUUUUGUGGAUUCCUGCGAGAAGGGUGGCUGGAAGUUCUGCCAGACCGAGGAGGAAUGGCACCGCGCACAGGCCAAGAUGGCAGCCACGAAGGUGCCACCUCCCCAGCCGCCGCCUGCGUCAGUGCAACCACCUCCCAUGGAGCCCCCGCCGGCCCCAGUGGCGAAGCCACCGCCUCCCAUGGAUCCAGCCCCGCCCCCAGCGAAGAUGCCGCCGAAGGCUGCCCCCGGCUCCUUUGGCGUGAAGGAUGCCAUUGCAAAGGCUGCCCCUCAGGCAGAGGUGCCGGCGCCCAAGAAGGCCCCGCCGCCCCCGCCGAGUGAGGAAAGCACAUCACCCAUCCGGUUACCUGUGAAAGUGCAGCCGCCGAUGGCCAAGGACGGUCUGGAGGACCCGCAGCCAACACCCUUCAAGUCUCCAUCCAGCAUUGCCAAGGGCCCUUUGCUGAAAGCACCGCUGCAGGACCAUCCGCCCAAAGCGGCGAAGGACAGCGGCCCCAUGACCCCCGCCCAGAAGUGCAAGAUGCCUCCGCCACAUAUAUUCCAGGACUUGCCACUGAAAGCUCCGCCAGUGCUGUCGCAGGCAAUGGGAAGCCUGGGCCCACAGAAAGCAACGCCUCAGGAGCCUUCGAACAUCCUGCCGUGCAAGGCACCGCCCUCCGUCAUCUUCAAGGGAGCCGCUGCGACGGCGCCACACAAGGCGCCACCGAUGCCGCAGAAGGCGCCACCGCUGGCGCAGGAGAUGCCGGUGAAAGCGCCGCCUGUCCUGGUGAAAGCGCCGCCUGUCCUUCAGGAGAUGCCGGUAAAAGCGCCGCCUGUCCUGGUGAAAGCGCCGCCUGUCCUUCAGGAAGCGCAGCCAAAACCAAAGCAGGCUCCCCCACAGCCUCCUCUCGCGAAGUAUGACGUGGUCUUCUACAAGGACCAAAGGUGCAUGAUCCUAGGCCUUGAGGAUGACGGCAUCGUCGUGCUUUGCAACUGCGAGGAUAGCAGUGAGCUGAGGAGCACACGCGAGCACCUCUCUCUGACUGCUCCGGCUGUGCCAAGCCCAGCCUGCGCGCCGCCGAGCUCUCCAGCAAAGACUGAGAAGGCACCCCGAUGGGCCCGGAGCCGCGCAGCUGACGCAUGA